GUGCAGAGCACGUUGCAGAAGAGGCAGGAGCAGCAUGGCGGCCACCGGUAAAAGAAAACUUUCUGACCUUAAUGUAGAUGAAUUUUUGACGUCCGGGUUUGACUCUGAAGGUGAUGAAGAAUCUGCGGAGGAAAUCAAUGGUGACAACUCAGAACUACAAAGAAAAAAGUCAAAAGUGCAAAAGAAAAUGGCAGCGAAGACAAAAACAGGAGCAAAGAAAGUUAUAGGCAAAGCAUCAGAACACAAGGACCAGCUCUCCCGCCUAAAAAAGAAGGACCCAGAGUUCUACAAAUUCCUUGAAAAAAACGAUAACACACUGCUUAACUUUGAUGAUUCGGACAGCUCUGAUGAAGAGAGUGGUGCUCACCAGCUGCCUGAUCACCUGGAGGAAAUGGGCGAUGACGAGGACGAUGAUGCUGACGGUGAGGAUGGAAAAGAAGCCGCUCCAGUAAAAAAGAAGAAACUCGAUCAAAUCAUCGUCACCAUGAAGAUGGUGGAGCAUUGGAAGUCAGACUCCAAAGUUAACCUGAGGCCCAGGCUGUUCCAUGAGAUAGCUCAGGCUUUCAAAGCAGCAGUGGCGACUACUAGUGGUGAAGAAGGAGACGACCCCAGUAAAUUCAAAGUGGCUGACAGCGCAGUGUUCAAUGCCUUGAUUUCCUUUUGCAUCCGUGAUCUGUUUGUGCACCUUGAUAAGAAGCUUGCCUUUAAGUCUGCCAAGGCAUCAAAAAUACCUAAUCCUUCGAGCAGUGACCUUUGGAAGAAACUUCGCCUGGACAUUAAAAUGUACCUAAACUCUGCCACAAAGCUCCUGACCUGUCUAACAGAAUCCACAGUCGCAGCUGCCCUUCUCCAGCAUGUGAACACCAUUGUGCCUUACUACCUGUGCUUUCCCAAGCAUACGCGCUUACUGCUCAAGCAAUCCAUCGUUCUCUGGAGCACCGGAGAGGAAACCGUGAGAGUCAUGGCUUUCUUGGUUCUGAAUAAAAUCUGCAGACACAGGCAGGAUUCCUAUCUCAAUGCAGUGCUAAAGAAAAUGUACAUCGCAUACGUCAAGAAUUCCAAAUUCACAUCACCCAACGUUCUGCCAAUGAUCAACUUCAUGCAGCGCUCUUUGACUGAAAUGUACUCACUCGAUGUUCAGGCAUCUUAUCAACACAUUUUUGUUUAUAUCCGUCAGCUUGCCAUCCACUUGCGCAGUGCCAUGACCCUCAAAAAGAAGGGGGCGUAUCAGUCUGUGUACAACUGGCAGUACAUUCACUGUUUAUAUCUUUGGUGUCGGGUGCUAAGCACUCUCCACCCUAAUGAAGUCCUGGAACCACUGAUUUACCCACUUGCCCAAGUCAUCACAGGCUGCAUCAGACUUGUUCCCACCCCACGUUACUUUCCUCUGAGGAUUCACUGUGUCCGGGCUCUGACGCUGCUCUCUGAAAGUACGGGCGUCUUCAUUCCAAUAUUACCCUUUAUCCUGGAGAUAUUGCAACAGGUGAACUUUAACAAGAGGCCGGGUCGGAUCAGCGUGAAGCCCAUCAACUUUGCUGUGAUCCUGAAAUUGUCUAACACCAACCUCCAGGAGAAAGUCUACAGGGACGGACUCAUUGAACAGAUUUAUGACCAGAUUUUAGAAUAUCUGUACGGCCAGGCUCACUACAUAGGUUUCCCAGAACUGGUUCUUCCAGGCAUUCUCCAGCUGAAAUCUUUUCUGAAGGAAUGUAAAGUUUCCAAUUACUGCAAGCCGAUGCGCCAACUGCUGGAGAAAAUCCAAGAGAACUCAGCCUACAUCACCAGCAAGAGGCAGAAGUGCGCCUUUGGGGUGUCUGACAAGGCGGCCGUGUUGCAGUGGGAGAAACAGAUAAAAGAUGACGGGACCCCCCUGGCCAAAUAUUAUGUCAGCUGGAAGAAGCUGCGUGAGAAGGAGAUUCAGCUGGAGAUCAGCGGCAAAGAGAGGAUGGAAGACUUAAACCUCCCAGAGAUCAAGCGGAGGAAACUGGAGAAGAAGGAUGACGAUAAGCGAGAAUUUAAAGAACUGUUUGACUCUGACAGUGAGUCAGACAGCGGCAGUGGAGGCUUAUCACUGAAAGGCAAGUCCAAGAGCAGAGGCGAUUCCUCGGAUGAUAGCUGCGAAAUGAGCAGCGAGGGAGAAGAAGGAGACUAUGAGGUGGAGGAUGAAGACGGCAGCGACUUCGAGGGGGAUUCGCAGGAUGAAGAGGAGGAGGAGGGAGGGAAAGCUGGAAUCCACAAGAAGCAGAAGGGGGUUCAGCGCCUCUCGCAGGCCGACCUAAAGGAUCUGGCCAAAGGGGAUGAAGAUAUUGUGCAGGAUCUUGAAUUCUCAGACGAUGAGUAAACCUGUAGAGAUUGCAAGAAACAACCCUUUAUCUGCUGGAUGUCGCUAGCUGCUGUUACGGUACAGCGGUGUCGAUAACACCUGCUUUGCGUGGCCCCCAACAAUAGGACGUACAAGAACUGAUGGAUAUGAUCCAAAUUGUUUCACAAAAUUAUUUUUCAUAAGUGAAAAGCGAACCAACCACAUGGACAAAUAAAUGUUUUCAUAUAAGUGCUGUUUGCCUGUGAACGGGUUAAUUCUAUGUGCAACUAGAGUCAGGCUUCAAGUGAUUGUAGCCCAUUUAAAUGUUAUGGGGAGUUAAGGGUAACUAUAAAGUAAACUAAACAAGAUCCGUGUUUGGAAUGUUUAAAACAAUAAUAAUUGUACCCGUGGGUAUGUUAUUUAAAACAAAAAGUAAUGUUUAAGUUUGCCUUUAAUUUUAUUUUUGUUUUUAUAGAUGAGUACUUUGGUCUGUGAGAUAAAACAUACUGUUAAAAUUGUGCACAGAAUAUUCUGCUAACGUGUAUUCUAUUUUUUAAAAUACAUAGAUCUAUAUAAACGA